AUCGCCGCAGUACUUUGAGUGCAGCCGGGCGUAGGUGUUGAUUUGUUGUGGUGUUGAUUUUUAUCAAAUAUACAAAUACAUGUGGUUCUAAAUGACACACCCCUAUCUUUGUAUAAAACGUAUAUUUAUAUAAAUACAUUUCUUGGUAAGAAAUAUAUGUAUAUAAAUAUAGAAAGCUCUUUGUAGGGAAACUAAAGAGAGUGUUCUUAAAUUAUAUGUGUUUGUAGAUUUCAGACUUUUAUCCACGUUUAACUGGAACCACCGACGACGAAUCAACUCAAAAUGUCUGAUAAAACCGUCGAGUUGAUGAAUCCCCAUUUGGAAACAGCACGAUCGGAUUAUUUAUACCACCUGGACAUCAAUGUGGCCAAUACCCGAGACACCAGUGAGUUACAGAAUAGGUUCGGCGAUGUUAGGGUCAUCUGCAUGGGUGGAACGGGCUCCAGAAUGCGGCAGUUAGCCCUUUACCUAAGAGAUAUCCUGGUAGUGUCGGAGUCCGGCGAUCCGGUGGAUUUGUGCGAGCGUGGCAACCGAUAUGCCAUGUACAAGGUGGGUCCGGUACUGUGCGUGAGCCACGGCGUUGGAUCCUCCUCCUUCAGUGUCGUGCUCCACGAGCUGAUCAAGCUCCUCAAAUAUGCGCGGUGCCAGGACCCCGUCCUGCUUCGGAUUGGCACCUGCGGAGGACUUGGCGUCCCUCCCGGCACAGUGGUGGCCAGCAAAAAUGCCUUCAAUGGUCUGCUGCGCAACGAGCAUGAGAUCGCUAUUCUCGGACAGCGAGUGGUGCGUCCGGCUCAGUUUUCCGAGGACGUGAUCAGGGAUUUACUUGCAUUCGGUGUCGACGCCAACGACGGAUUUCAGACCAUAAGUGCCAACACAAUGGGAACAGAUUGCUUUUACGAAGGUCAAGGUCGCACCGAUGGAGCCAUAUGCGAGUACUCGGAGAAGGAUAAGAUGGAGUUCUUGCAGAAGUGCCACGAUCUGGGAAUCCGGAACAUCGAGAUGGAGGCCAGCAUGUUCGCCUCCGUCACCCAAAAAGUGGGGGUCAAAGCAGGCGAUGUAUGCGUGACCCUGAUCGAUCGCCUAAAGGGAGAUCAGAUUACUAUUACUAUUGACCAGAAGCACGAAUUCGAGCAGCGUCCCUUUUUCGUCGUGGGUCGCUACAUUAAGAGGUUACUGCAGCAGUGAAUCCUCUAGAAUAACACAUCUUCUUUGAAGUUUUACAAUAUUGGAUUACAAUAAAACUGCAUGCUGCACUUUGCUCUGUGCCAUUCCAGCUAACCAGAGACAGAGUCUCAAUCUUAAUCAAUAUUAGCAAGUUUCUGCUGAAUAGAAGAUCAUUCCAUAAAUACAACAAUUGAUUGCUGUAAAAUAUCCACGAAACAUUUGCAUUUAAGUCUCAGUACAACUCUCCUCACCCGCGUCCCAAUUGAUCUUUAUCCGCCUAAGCCAAUCCCCACCAGCAGCACCAGAAAACAAAGAAAGAGCCAAAUAAAAGGUUGCAUAUUUAAUGACCCCAAAGU